ACACCACCUCAUCCUGCAGCCUGAUUGGCCGGGACAUGUGAGACGGAGGGGUGCAGGUAGAGUCUCGGCUGGCUCACCUUUCGGCUCGGCGGCAGGAAGCGGGACGUCCAGGCUGAGAUGACGGAGGAAUGCGUGGAGCAGCAGACGUCUCAGGAGGAUGUCAGGACGAGCAGCAGAGGAGCCGCCAAGCAAGGCCGAGAUUAUCAUUCUGAUGAUGAAGAUAUGAUGGAGGAGCAUCAGAAAAUCAGCAGGAUGGUGGGAGAAUCACUGCAGGCUGCAGAUCAGGAGCAACUAGAGCCGACAGGCAGGAAGAAACCGCAGCUGGUCAGGUCAAAAACUUUAGACAACUCCAUGCUGACUCAGGUCCAGAUCGACCCAGAGUCCAAGAUAGACAGGAAGAAGUCCCACUACAGCCAGCUUUCCAAGAGCAACUGUCAGUACCAUAAAAUAUUUAAGGAGAUCAGCAAAGAGGAGCAGCUCCGACAGAGUUACACCUGCGCCCUGCAGAAAGACAUCCUGUACCAGGGCCGGAUGUUCGUCUCCGAUCACUGGAUCUGCUUCCACUCCAAGGUUUUUGGCAAAGACACCAAGAUUGCCGUCCCAGUGAUGUCCAUCACCAACAUCAAAAAGACCAAAACCGCCAUCCUGCUGCCAAACGCUCUGGUGAUCGCCACCACCAACGACAGAUACGUGUUCGUCUCCUUCCUGUCCAGAGACAACACCUACAAGUUCCUGACGUCACUCUGUCUCCACCUAGAGGGCAGGAGUCCGUGCAGCAGCCCGGUUCCUUCCUCAGCUCCACACAGCUUCAGAGGUCAGAGGUCACCGCUGUUGACCCCCUUUCCUAUGAGGGAUUUUGUGGACCUGGACGGAGUCGUGAGGCAGAGACAGCAGGAGUUGGAGGAAAACAGCAGCUCAGACUCUCCGGCUCCAGACUACGAUAAGAUAGCCGCACACCUGCCCGUCCCUCACUUCCUGGACGCCCUGAAGCAAAAAGGGAACUCGUCUUCUCCGGAGCAGAAGCACAAAGUGAAGAAGCAGCAUCAGAACCAGCAGAGCGGCACCAAGAAGCAGCAGAACUCGCUGCGGUCCAGUUCAGAGGUCGUGUUCGACAGCAGAGUCAUGAAAACCGUUUCUCUCAACACGCUGCUGAUUAUCUACAUGUUUCUGGUCCUCGUUCUGGUCCUGUCUUCCUGCUAUCUGGCCUUCAGGAUCGUUUCUCUGGAACAGAAACUGACGGCUCUCGGCUCCAUCAGCGAUUUCACGCAUCAUGAAAGCAGUUUCCUUUCUGGGAGUCCUGAUGUGAACACGGAGCUCUUCUCUGAACUGCUGGCCAUCAACCUGCUGAAGCUGGAGAAGGUCCAGAAGAAUCUGCAGAGGCUGCUGGAAGAAGCUGCAUGACUGAACUGGGAACCAGUACGAGAGCUUUGUACAUAAACUGUGAAUAUUUAAUUUAUUCUAUGCAGGCAGUAAAACGGGAACCUGCUGCAGCCGAGGCCUGAGAAAUCGAUCAAACUGUAAACUGACUCAUUUUCUGCUAAAUUCAUGCAGGCAGUGAAACUGACACCUACUUUUAGAAACAAACAGUGACGUCGCCCUCUACCUGCAGGAGAAGUAUCUGCACCUCAUAGCUGUAAAGAAGCAAUCAGAACCAAACUGGAUCCAUGAGAACAAUUAACUGGCUUUGACUAGGCCAAAACACAUCUCCAAAGGUGGAGCUGCUGGUGGGAAUCAGUAGCUGCGUUUCCGUUACAAAUGUUUGCUAAACUGUGUUAAUGUUAAGCUAAUGUCGAAAAACAGAGUUUUAUAAUUGCAGCGUUUCCAUUAAAUCAGAAACGCAAUUAAAAUCAAACAGGAAUAAUUUUGUUCCUGUAAUAAGUCGUUAAAAACACGCAGCGCCGCCGUCGUCCAACCACUUCCUGUCUUCUUCUUCUUCUUCAUGGUUUACGGCAGCAGUAACAUCCGGUUGUUGAUCAUGUGACUCUUGUGAUGUCAGACUGAUUUUCAUAGAAGCACAAAACCUUUUUUAUCAAAAAAUGUGAGUUUUUUUUUAUAAAAAAUAGAGGCAAAAACUUGUUUUCUUUUUUUCUAAAAGGCAAAAUAAACAGAAAAUAAACGACUAAGUGGAAACAAAUAUAUGCACAGCAGCCAGUAGCUUUAAAGAAUUGGACUCAGUCGCUAAAUAACUAAUGACCAAGGUUUUCACGUCUUUUUUCUUACAGCAUUAAACCCAGUAAACUUUUUAAAAAUCAUCUGGAAAAGAUUAUUUCAGAUUUAUUCCUGAUUUUAUUCAAGUUUUUGGACAUUUCUAGUAGCUGAAUCUCAAUAACUUCUGGUUCAUGUUUGUUGUUUCAGUUUUGUGUUUUUUUUUAAUUCAGUGUUUUACUCAAACAUGUUUUAAACUCAGUUUAUUUCAAACUAUUUGGAAACUUGAAUAUGCAUUUCAAAUAAUUUAACAUUUAAUGUGUGCAGACAAAAACUGGGUUAAUUUUUUAAUGCAUUCAAAUGUUGUGAUUUAUUAAAUCUAUUGAGGAAUAAAUGCUAUUUUGGGGAAAUGAAUUCAUUUUGGGACGUAAUCAUCUAUUUUU